AUGUCAAGCUCAUGGUUAGGUUGGCGAAGAACCCACCUCGCCAUGCCAAGCUCAUGGUCAGGUUGGCGAAAAACCAACCUCAACUUGCCAAGCUCCUGGUCAGGUUGGCUAAGAACCCACCUCGCCCUGCCAAGCUCAUGGGCAGGUAGGCAAAAGCUUAUGGUCAGGUUGGCAAGGAACCAACCUCAAAUCGCCAAACUCAUGGUCAGGUUGGCGAAUAACCCACCUCACCAUGCCAAGCUCAUGGUCAGAUUGGCAAGAAAACCAACCACAAAUUGCCAAACUCAGCCUCAGGUGCUGAGCUUAGCCUUAGGUUGGCAAAGGUCCGACCUGGAGACUCGCCGACCUAAAGUGAGCUUCCGUCACUAA